AUGUGCUUAAGCGACAACGGCCCGCAGUUCGUAGCAAACGAUAUGCGUAAGGCGAUCGAGCGAUGGGGGGCUGAGGGUUGGACAACUCCGGUAUAUCAUCCGAGGGCCAACCCGGUCGAACGCCGCAACCAGGACAUAAAAAAAGGUCUACGCGCGCUACUCGUCGACGGUAACCACAACACCUGGGACACCAAGUUAGCCCCUAUACUGUUUUCAAUCAGGAAUAGACGCAAUGACCAGACAGGAUAUCCACCGUCGGUACUUGUCCUCGGCAGAGAGGGCAAACGACCGGGGGAUUGGGCACUGUCUCGUACAGCGGACAGCUCGACCGAACAAACAGAUAAGGGCAGGGCGACACGUGAGAGCGCCGUACUGGACGCACCGCCUGCAACGGGGGACCAGACGGACACGAAAUACAAAACAGGUGACACGGUGUACUAUAGAGCGCACCACCUGUCGAGCGCGCACAAAAAAUUUCAUGCCGGAUUCGCACCGAAAUGGUGGGGACCGGUAAAAUUGUACAAACGUGUGGGUAAAGGCGUGUUCCUUACGGACCAACAACCCGCACGCAAAAUCCACGUGUCCUGCCUCAAACGGGCGACGACCGCAACACAACCCCACCCCACCCCACCCACCCACCAACAAACCCAAAACUAA